GCAGACACCAUUACUUUCAAGUGCAUCUCGGACGAAGAGGCAACUAUUUCAGAUCGGGUUUUAUUUCCAAGACAGUCGGUUCUCUGUACCCUCAUGGACAACAUUCGGAAAGUGCAGUUCCGUAACGUGGGAAGGAGCUACUUCCCUGUGACCAGAGUGGAAUGCCACUACAAUCUGACCAGCGAACACACAUGGGCCAGUCAUGACUGGAUCGGCCUGUUCAAGGUGGGGUGGGCUACAGUGAAGGACUACUACACCUACGUGUGGGCUCUGGUGCCAGAAGGAUACAAGGGGAGACGUGAUACGGACUGCUGUGUCCAGUUCCAAACCUCCUACCUGCCCCACCCCGGUGCAGACAUGUACCAGUUUGUGUAUGUGGAUGCCAGUGGCGAGGUGUGUGGCAUCAGUGCCCACUUCCAGUUCUGCACCCCUGGGGCCCUUGACGAGCUAGUCACCCUGGAGCAGCAUGAGCGCAGCGAGGAGGAGGGUGCAGCAGGGGAAGACCUGCUGAUGGUGGUCCCCAAAGCCCAGAUCCUGCAGGGCCACCUAGAGGAGUGCCAGAAGGAGCUGCAGAGCCUGAAGAAGACGGUUGAGGAGAGCCGGCAGGAGAAGGACAGCGCGCUGGAGCUUCACAAGCAGGCCAAGGAGGAGCUGUUGAGGGAGCGCGAUGACAUGAAGUUGGAGAUCAGUGAGCUGAUGGAGGGGCUCAGGCACCAGCGGGAGGAGCUGGAGAACAUGGAGCUCAAACACAAGGAUGUGCAGAGCACACAGAAGAGUCUGUCAGCGGAGCUGCUGGACCUGCUGAGGGAGCGAGGAGAGCAGCAGCAGCAAAUCAGGGAGCUGGCGGACGACAACAGCCUCCUGACCCAGCAGAAGAAGCAGGCUGACACCGAGCUGGAGAGGACCAAAGAAAGAGUGAAGAAGUUGACACAGCAAAGGCAUGACGAGGAGGAAGAGAAGAAGGCACUUAAGGCCGAGAACGAGGCGGUGCAGAGUGAGAUCAGGACCCUGAAGGAGCGCCUGGAGGCCGGCGAGCGCGCCAACGACUCGCUGCGGCGGGAGCUGAGCGAGCUGGGCGGCCUGCAGGGUCACAGCCACGCCGAGCUGCACCAGUGCCGCAUGCAGCUGGCCCAGGCCAACCUGCAGCUGUCGCAGGCCCACCUGGCCCUGCGCGAGGGCGAGUCCACCUGGGCCCAGGAGAAGGAGCAGCUCAGGAUCAGUGCGGAGCUGGAUCAGGAGCGUAUUCAGAAGCUGAGCCGCGAGCUGCAACGCAAAGAGGAGUGGCUUCAGGAGGAGCGGGCAGAGCGCGAGAAGCUGGAGGCUGACCUCGGGGGAGAAAAUGACUCCAACCGGGUUCAGCUCGGUGACGCACGCAAGGAAGUGCAGGAGCUCAAAGCCAGCUUGAGAGCAGCACAGAAGGAAAAGGGAGAGCAGCAGCUCGAGAAACAGAUUCUGCUGGAGCAUAUUAGGGAGCUGGAGAAGAGGAGAGACCAGGAGGUUGAGGCCAGGUGGAUUGAGGCUUCACUGGUGUUGACAGCCCCAGCUGGCAUCCCACCCUGUGAACCAAAAGAGGAGGUGGAGAAGGAGGAGGAGGAGGAGAAGAAGGAGGAGGAGGAGAAGAAGGAGGAGGAAGAGGAAGUGGGUGUGUCUGAGAGGGCAGAGGCCCCCAAGGCAGACACCUGUGAGGGGGACGCAAGCCAGACAGACACAGACACCAACACAGACACCGACACCCAGCCUCCAACCCUGACACAGUCCCAGACUCAGACCCAGACCCAGGAGGAGACCCAGCAUGUGGAGGAGACUCAGCAUGAGGAGGAGUCACACUUCAGGGUGGUAGAGAUCAACCAGCUGACCCCUGCCUCCAGUGUCCAGGAGGAAGAGGAGGAGGAGGAGGAGGAGAGCAGGGAGGAGGAGACUCCAGAAGAGAAGUCAAAUAACGACGAGAUCCAUUUUGAGGAGAAAUCACCAGCCCAAGAACUUAUCCUGAGCUAUCUCUCGGAGUACCCCCUGUGGUAAUGGAAGGGCAUCAGGAGGAUGUCUCCCCUGAGACACACAUACAGGGUUACACUAUGUGCAAUAAUGAAAGGGUGCUGUGCAAUGUGCCUUUUCCACAGCUAACUGGCUGACAGAGUGUACUGUUUUUUUAAGUGUGCAUAUUGUGUGAGUGUGAGUUUUUUUUCUUAAAUCUCCCGGAUGAAUUGUGUAGUUGUUUACAUAUUUUUUUCUUGUUUUCAAACAUGUCAGUUCAUAUGGUGAUAUGGUAAUAAAAAAGAAAGACAAAAAAGUGUUUUUAAUGAAUUUGGUCACAAAUAUUCUUUCAGGAGACGGAGAGAGGAAUGCAAUAAUAGUAUAAAAACUUGCACAAUAUAGUAGUGAAACAUUGUUUCAAUGUUCCCUGUUGAUCAGAAUCGAGGUGUUUUAUAACCAGUGUGUCUGCCUUUCUGAGUUGUUUGAUUUUCUUUGCUCCGAGAUGCUGUGCAACAGAGAGUGAUGAGUGUUUGCAUGCUAAGGCAAAUAUGUUUAGUGUAAUGAAUGAUAUAUAGAUAGCCUACUGUAUUAUUAUUAUUAUUAUUAUUAUUAUUAUUAUAACAAUAAAAGGAAUUUCAUACGUAGACUAUGCCACAUGUAGCUGUGGUGUAUAAGUGUGUGUGUGUGUUUGUGACUAUGUGUGUAUCUUUAAGUGUAUUUUUACUCACUUUGAGAUCUUGGUAAUAAAAUGUUGUCUGUUUACCAAUUGGUAUGUGUC